AAUACCAUGUCGUCAUUCAAGGUGUUUUGAUAACAAAUAAUAUCAAAGCAUUACGUCCUUGUCAGUAUUCACUACUCAGUAAGAAGUUGUCGUCAUCAUUUGCCACUAUCACGCGGUUAGACUUGCGGUGCGUUUAGCGUUCGUCUGUCCGGUCCGUUAUUAACGCUCGGUGGUCCGCUUCAGAGAUCGCGCAUACGCUCAUCCGUCGAACGACCAGACUUUGAGGCCCGCUCGCUUGCCUUCGACCGACGGUCAUUUCGUAAGUAAUCCGCCAUCCCGAUAAUAUACGCCAUGCCGCCCCUGGCCGCCGUAAGAACGUUACCCGAUGAAGACGUCAAACUACCCGGCAUUAACGCAGUUCUGCUCGGACCACCCGGUUCGGGCAAGGGGACUCAGGCACCAAAAUUGUUGCAGAAAUUUUACUCAUGUCACUUGUCUACGGGAGACAUGUUGCGCUCCGAAGUGGCCUCUGGUUCGGAACUGGGUCAGAGGGUGAAAAAAGUCAUAGAAUCAGGUAAUUUGGUUAGUGACGAGCUUGUUGUUGAUUUGAUUGAUCAAAAUUUAGAUAGACCAGAGUGUAGGCAAGGAUUUUUAUUGGAUGGUUUCCCACGAACAGUACCUCAAGCUGAAAAACUAGACAAUCUUUUAGAAAAACGGAAAACACAGUUAGACUCUGUGAUUGAGUUUAACAUAAGUGACAGUUUAUUGGUACGCCGUAUAACAGGGCGCUUAAUACACCCUGCUAGUGGCCGAUCUUAUCAUGAAGAAUUUCAUCCACCAAAAGUUGAUAUGAAAGAUGAUAUAACUGGUGAGUCAUUGAUUCGCCGUGCUGAUGAUAAUGUGGAUGCUUUAAAAAAGCGUCUUGAAUCAUAUCAUAAACAAACAUCUCCACUGAUAGACUAUUAUCAGAAAAAAGGAAUUCAUGCUAAAGUUGAUGCAUCUAAGAGUUCUGAUGAAGUUUUCAGAAUGGUAGAAAAUAUAUUUUUACGUUGUUCAAGUUCGGCCAAUAAAGACAGAGUAAUAUUUGUUUGAAUCAUUUCAAUUUUGAAUUUUAUUUGAUUUUUUUCAAAAUGUUGAACAUACAAAAUCAUACAGUUUUCCAUUUUCUCAAUAUUUUUAGUAACUAUAAUUCUAAUAAAAUGAUCUGAAAUUGUUACAUUUUUAUAAUAGAAAACAGUAUAUUA